AUGACCUUAGUGGAGAAAACCGGCUUCUUUCCCGACUAUUACCUUAACCUGAAAAACUCACAAUCGGAUGUGUUUGAUGUGCAGGUUGGAAAAAUAGCUGCAUGUCGCAACGACUACGAGCGAGUGGUAUUUGUUGAGCAAUUUCCUGGCGUACGCGAAAACGAUGGACAGUUGGAGGUGAAGAGGGUGUUUGCAGGGAAAAACGCCGACACGGCAGCACAGCACAAGGAGAAGGGUAAUCAAGCUUUUAAAGCGAAGGAUUGGUUUGAAGCGAUGCUUUUUUAUACAAGAAGUUACAUGGCAUUGCCGGAGGACAAAGCUAGCGAACGCGCCAUCAUCUUGGCUAAUCGCUCCGCUACACUCUUUCACAUGGAGAAAUACGAUGAAACACUGAUUGAUGUUAAGCGUGCCAUCGACUUGGGUUAUCCAAAGGAUCUGAUCUAUAAGCUAUACGAGCGCCAAGCUCGUUGUUAUAUGGUAAAAAAGGACUAUCCCAAAACCAUAGCGUGUUUCAAAAAAUGCAUUACAGCUUUGGAUGAUGCUAAAGUGCCUUCGGAACGGCGUAGCAAACUGAUCUUGGAUGCCAUGACAAUGAUAAAAAUGCUAGAAAAGGAUCCUCUAACCUUAAAACAAGCGGAGAGACAAAAGAAGUUGGGUGAAACUAAACCAUUGACCAUGGCUAUACCCGACGAAAAGGAGUACCUCAGUGAAUUUGUGCGUUUCGAUCAGAAUGUUGCAGAGGGCCGUUUUGCACGCGCUGCUGCCGAUAUUACGGUGGGUGAAGAAAUAUUGGUGGAGAAGCCAUUUGUGGCGGUUCUAUUGGAGAAAUUCGCCAAAACACAUUGCGACUAUUGCUUUAUAAGAACCGCCAUACCGGUUGCGUGCGCUAAAUGUGCUGAUGUGCUGUACUGCUCUGAGGAAUGUCUCUCAAAAGCCAAUGCCACUUAUCAUAAAUACGAAUGUGGACUUUUGCCUACAAUUUGGCGUUCGGGGGCUUCCGUGAAUUGUCAUAUGGCAUUGCGUAUUGUUGCGAAUAAAUCUUUGGAGUACUUUUUAAAGCUCAAAGAGGACAUUGAAAAGGAGUUGCCAAUCGAAGAAAUAACGAAGCUACCCACAGAUGACUAUAGACGCGUCUCUCACUUGGAACGCCAUGAAAAAUCACGUCCUCCAUCUAAUAUGUUCCAGCAUUCGUUAAUGGCACGCUUUCUAACGAAGUGUCUUGUGGAAGCCGGCUACUUUGGUGCAACUCCAAAAGCCAAUGACGUCACUACAAUUGGCGGCAUUAUGUUACGCAGCUUACAGUUCAUACAGUUCAACACUCACGAAGUGGCCGAAUUACACGCGAAAAAGGCAGAUGGCAAUGAGAAGACGGUAUUCAUUGGUGGUGGUCUAUACCCGACUUUGGCGCUGUUCAAUCACUCUUGUGACCCGGGUGUGGUGCGAUACUACCGCGGCACUACAAUUCACGUCAACACGAUACGUCCCAUCGAAGCGGGUCUGCAGAUUGCUGAGAAUUACGGUCCAAUUUAUACACAAGAAGGUCGCGAAAAGCGUCAGGCACAACUGAAAGAGCUUUACUGGUUCGAUUGUACAUGUGAUCCGUGUCUGGAGAAUUGGCCCACUUUUGAGCGAAUGCCAACUGACAUAAUACGCUUCCGUUGCGACGGCCCCAAGCAGUGCAGGGCCAUUAUAGAGGUGCCGGCGACGUGCAAUGAUUUCAUGAUUAAAUGCGUGACUUGUGGCGAGAGCACAAACAUUUUGAAGGGCCUCAAAGUGAUGCAGGAUACCGAAUUGAUGACACGCACCGCCAAGCGUCUCUACGAUGCCGGCGAUUACGCGAAAGCAUUGAAUAAAUUCAUCGACUUGCUGAGAAUCAUGUACGAGGUGUUGGCACCGCCCUUCCCCGACUUCUGCCAGUGCCAACAGCAUGCCAAGGACUGUUUCCUGCAUCUGGGCAAUUUCUACGAUUUAAAUUAAUGCAUGUGGAAUUACAAAUAUUUUGUACAUAUUAUAUAUGUAUGUAACAUAUAGUUAAUUACUUGUGAAAUUGCCAUUAGUAAUGAAAUACGAUCUGAAACAACACGUAUGUACAUACAUACAUACACACACAUAUGUACAUGAUUGUGUAAUCGUUGACAUUCAAUAUUUAUU